CUAGUAGUUAAAUGGAGAGUUAAAGUUGUUUUUGAACUUAAACGCGUAGUUUGAUUUGAAGCGCCAAGAUGGAAGGGUUAUGCGAUCACGACAAGGCCGUUUUGACGUGCAUUUUUAAUCCCCACCUUCCUAUAGUAGAAGCUUAUCAAGUGAGAGCCACUGAAUUGAAAGAUGACGAGGAGCAGAACGACUUAGUGUUAAAAACGAAAAAGAUGGAAAUGGAAGCUGUGGAACGCGCAGAAAAGGGAGAUCUCGAAUUUGGCUUGCAGUUGUUGACCGAGGCGAUUAAUAUCGCACCUGAAAGACCUUCCCUCUACAAUAACAGGGCGGGUGUUUUCCAGUACAUGCGACGAUUUGAUGAGGCCCUCAACGAUUUAUCAACGGCGAUUAAGCUAUGCACCGAUAAACACCAAAAAACCACCUGCCGGGCUCACUUACAAAGGGGCCUGCUGCACCGAAGGGCCGACGACAUGGACCAGGCCAGGAGAGACUUCGAGGUAGCGGCAAAGAUGGGAAGCACUUUGGCUAAAAGUCAGCUUAUAGAAAUCAAUCCCUACGCAGCGCUGUGCAACCAAAUGCUCAAACAAGUGAUGGAGAAACUGAAUUAAAACGACUUCGGGGCAUAUAUACAUUUUUUUAUUCAAUACUCUAGUACAUAACCUAUGUAAAAACCGAAACUUAAAUAAAACUCUAAAAUGGAGAAAAUAAAUGCAUUUUACUUUCUAAAAAGCGCAAGUGUCAACUACGGCUCGCAGAUCACUAUCAUAGAUAACAAAAAAUAGAUGUUCGUGUUAAAUCGGAAAACAAAAUCAUUAUAGUUUGCGCUACAACCGCUUAUCACCAGUGUCCAAAAGAACGACACUUAUUGGUGUAAUUCAAUUCUGUUGCAAACUGUAUGUAGUGGGUGACACGUGUUUUGGGGUUUGUAUUUCUGGUUGUAAGUUAAAUUUUAUAUAUAUGUAUGUGUAAUAUGUAAAACUUAUCUUCCAUUCGGUAAACGGUCUCCCAGUUGUGCUUAAAUUUUUGAUAAGAACCAACACUGUAAGUAUUUUAUUGGAUUGUAUUUUAGUCGGUUGUUGGUUGUUUAACGUUUGGAUUGAACGAAUUCUAAAAUUCCAAGUUAAACACUUUGAAUAAAUUUACAACAAUUAUGCAGAAAUAAAAUAAAAACAACAUAGGUGUAACCUUUUUUCAAAAACUUAUCCUCAGGAUUUAAAAUUAAGAACCCAAAAAGAAAAUAUUUGUAUUUUCCGAAAGCCUUAAUAUUUGUAUCAAAGUCAUGAUUAUGGUACAAUUUUUCCAAACAAAAUUAUUAUCAAUUAUUAUUUUCUGUGAGAAUUGCGGAAAAUUCAUAUUUUGGAGUUAACAUUUAGUUUACACUCGAUCACAUUGGCAGCAAAGCGAAUUGUAUCCAUUGCACAUGACCACCUAUUUGCGUAUUUUAUCUAUAAUCCCUAUAAAAUCAUUUAAAGUAUAUAUACACGGUACCUUUCAAUCUAAAAAAAUAACGCUAUUAUAUAUUUUACUUUUUCGGGUAAAUUCA